AUGACUGUCCCAGAGCAAUAUGGUCGGCGGUUGAUUCCCCAGAUAUUAGACAGUUUGGCUUCUGUUGAACCUCACCGCAUCUUAUACUCGGUGGCAAAUUCCUCGAAUAUCUCUUAUGGGUUCCAGGACAUAUCUGCUCGAGCUUUUGCAAAAGCAGUUGACAAGACCGCUUGGUGGCUGCAUAGUCAGGUUGGAGAAAGCAGUGAUGUCCGGACAGUGGCUUACAUUGGGCCUCAUGACCUCCGACACGUUCUAUUGACGUAUGCAUGUGUCAAGGUUGGCUGCACUGCUCUAUUUCUGUCUCCCAAGAACAGCACCGAAGGUGCACUCACAGUGCUUGAAGCUGCAAAAUGCAGCAUCUGGGUCAACCCAUGCGGGUAUUCAUGUCCUCUGGUGGAUGACAUCCUGCAGAAGCGCAGUAUGAAGGUGUUCCAUUUACCAGAAGUGGACGAUCUGCUCAAUGCCGAGACAACUGAAUCGUACUCAUAUACUAAGUCGUUUGACGAAGCUUCUCAAACCCCGUUUUGUGUACUUCAUACCUCCGGAUCGACUGGCCUUCCGAAGCCGAUCGCAUGGUCCCACGGCCUGAUCGGCACAAUGGAUGCUGUGCGACUGCUCCCACAUAUCGAAGGAGAUGACGGGCUGUCACCAUGGACAAACAAUUGGAUCGAUGGGGAUCGAAUAUACUCAUCAUUUCCAAUGAGUCACGGCGCCGGUAUCAUCAUGAACAUUCUCCUGCCGUCUCUCUUCGGUCUACACUGUAUCAUGGGCCCUCAAGGUGUAGUGCCUAACAUGAACCUUAUAGAAUCACUUGCAGACCAUGCAGAGAUCGAUAUUUGGAGCAUGGUUCCCUCACUAGUCGAUGAGCUUGGUGAAACGCCCGAUGUUUUGGUCAAGCUCAAGCAAUCCAAAUUCAUCUGCGCUUCCGGUGGCCCAGUCAGCCCUCUCAUCGGAUCAAAAGUAAACGAUGUCGUCCGAGUUCUGAACUUGACUGGUACUACAGAAGGCCUGUUUAUGGGGAAUUUGUGGGUAGAAAGACAAGACUGGUACUAUUUCGCCUUUCACCCAUUCUCCGGGUUCGAGUUCAAGGAAGUAGAGUCAGGCGUCUAUGAACAUUGGGUACAUCGCAACGACCACUGGCCCCUGUUCCAAGGUAUCUUUCACACUUUCCCGGAUGAUAGGAGUGUCAACCUUAAAGAUCUAUACACCAAGCACCCUACUAAGCCGAAUCUAUGGGCAUACAAAGGGCGCAAUGACGACAUCGUUGUGUUGUCUAAUGGCUACAAGAUCUCACCAUUGGAAACAGAGGCUUUAGUCACCACGCAUCCUGAUAUCAAGGGUUGUCUGAUGGCAAGUCAUUCCAUCGGAACAGGCAAGCCUCAGGCAGGUCUGCUAAUUGAGCUUGAAGAACCAACUUCCAAGAACAACGAGGUAUGGGAUAGUAUCUGGGCUGCAAUUGAACGCGCCAACGCAUUGUCAUUGCACAAAAAUCAGGUGCAAAGGGAUUACGUCGCUUUCGCUGAGCUAGAUACGCCUUUUUCCCGCACUGAUAAGGGGACGGUGAAGCGACGAGCCACGCUCGAGGCGUAUGCUGAUUACAUCGAGCGCUUCUAUAGCUCGCGGUUGCAUCAAGACACCCAGUUCUUAGCUAUAGACACCAGUGCUAUUGCUUCCAUCACCGAUGCCGUCCGUCACGUCUUAGGCAGUCUCUCGCCUGCUGUUAAGAAGGCCACACCCGACGAUGACCUCUUCGCUAUGGGCUUCGACUCGCUGCUCGUUUUUCGUGCUAUCAAGACUCUCCGCGUAGCCACCGGGCUACGUGACCUGUUGGCCCCAAGGCAUCUCUACGGCAGCCCUACACUCCGCCAGUUCUCGGCGACGUUGGCCCAGCUGGUGGCCGACAUGCACAGGAAGGCGGCCGACGGAUCAGCUUCGAAUGAAGCGGUUGCAGGCAACGUGGCCGAGAUGUACCGCAUGAUCAAUUUGCACCGCACGCGUCUCUCGCAAAAAGUCAGCCCGUUUGACCAGAUGAGCCCCAACAUAUAUCUGGGCAUGAAGUUUUUCUACCAGCUCCGCGAGGGCGCCCGUUUUGAAGACGUGUUUGCACGAUUACAGGCAGGGCUGCACCGGGCCAUGACACUCAUUCCGGAGCUAGAGAGUAAGCUGAUGCCCUGUUCGAAGGACGAAAUAGGGUACAAGAAGGGUGACAUGCGCAUUUCGCUUCCCCCGGUGCCUUGUACGGCGGCGGCGAACCACAAGACCGAGUCGUCCGGGCCACAACAGCUGCGUUAUCAAGACCUUUCGGCGGUGCUCCCGUCCUUUGCGGAGCUUCGUGCCGGUGGCUUCGCGUCUUCAGGGUUUGCGGAUGACGUCGUACUUUCAUGCCCGUUGCUGCCGCCGCUGCCAGCCGACGUGUUCAUCGCACAGGCCAACUUUAUCACUGGUGGUUGUAUCUUGGCCAUCAACAUGCACCACCAAUGCUUUGACGGCACAGGCACCAUUAUGGUGAUGCGUAUCUGGGGUGAAUGCUGUCGUUAUGUGCAAGGCGAUGCCUCGGCGACGUGCGCCUGGCUGGACAAAGAGAGUUUGAACCGUAAUCUUCCGCAAAUUCUAUACGAGAUGGAGGGGUAUGCGAAACCGGCAGGCCAUGUAGACAAGAACGUAUGGGGCUUCAUCGACAUCCCGGAUCCGGCCGAGACAGGGACAGAGUGCGUGACCGAAAUUAAGAACCUCGUCACCGAGUCGCCGCUCCCUCCGGCUCCGUUCUUCCCCCGGAACACUCAAUGGCCGCCGAUCCCCCCUGCCGACGGCCGGCAUUUGGAUUCAUCCACCUUUAUCAUUCCGGCCGAAAUGGUUGAGCAGCUCCGGCAAGACGUUCUGACUGACCCCGUAGCCGGGGGCCUCAUCUCGGACAGCGACAUGAUCCAAGCAUUCGUUUGGCGAGCGGCCGUCAAAGCGCGUCACCAUGUGGCGACACAGCUGCGCAACGAGACCUUUGAAACGGAUGAAAUGGCCAUCGUUGAGUUGCCUAUCGAUGCCAGGCCGUAUUUCUCAAAGCUGCUGCCAGAGUCGUACAUGGGCAAUCUCGUUGUCAUCAACCGGCCGAGCAUGCCGGUGGCUACGCUCUGCGGCACAGAAACAACAGUGGCGCAGAUUGCACAGGUGCUCCGCGCUGCUGCUGUACACAUCACACCUUCAUUAGUCCAUGAUGCAUUCACGCUGCUGCAGUCAGUGCCGGACUACACCAAGGUGACUACUGCGUGCAUGGGGAUGGAGGGGAUGCACACCGCCGUUAAUAAUUUGAUGCUUUUCCAGACGAAUGCUAUCUCUUUCGGCGACGAGUUCCUGGAUGAUGGCGGUGUGCCGUCUGCAAUGCGCGUGCAAAUGGAUGCUAUCAACGCGGCAUUCCGGAUGUUGGUUAUACAUCCACUGCGCGAGGACGGUGGUAUCGAGCUUGUCAUUGGCACGCUGCCAGAAGAACUUGAUGUGCUACUGGCAGAUGGCGAGUUCACUGGGUAUUGUAGGUUUGUAGGUUAG